AUGCAGACGGACUCUGCCAGCCCGGCCUACCGGGAACAGCCAGCAGAGGGCGUACUGUACCCAGACUCCACCGUUAAAACGACAUACAGCGGAUGUUCUACCCUAGACGUAUUCGCGCCGACUGAUUGGCUGAGCUGGUGGUGGCAGCGGCGCGGAUUGCGGCCGGCCGCAGCUCGGGAGCGGAUUGCUGAAAGCGGCGGGGGCGGGCGUCGCGGCGCCCGGCGCGAUGCCGGCGGCGGAGGCCUGCGGCCCGGGCGGAGGGAGGGCGGCGGCCGGGAGGAGGCGGCGGCCUCGGGGCCGGGGGAGCGGCGGCUGCUGCGGGGCGGGGGCCGGGCGGGCGCUGCCGGCGGACGGGCCGCGGGGGGCUGUAGGCGGCGCCAAUGGAGCGGCCCGGGGGUCCGAGGAGGGGCCCUGGGCCGCGCUGCUGGCCGGCAGCAGCAGCAGGCUCGGGAAUACUGCCCAGGGGUGAAGAACCAGCCCUAUGUGUGUGAGACGGGCCACUGCUGCGGAGAGACUGGAUGCUGCACCUACUACUAUGAGCUCUGGUGGUUCUGGCUCCUUUGGACCAUUCUCAUCCUCUUCAGCUGCUGCUGCGCCUACCGGCACCGCCGCGCCAAACUGCGUCUGCAGCAGCAGCAGCGGCAGCGUGAGAUAAACCUCAUCGCCUACCACGGUGCCUGCAACUACCCCACCUCCAUGAUGGAUCUCAGGAUGCUGGCUUCCUUUAAGCUGCCUGCCUAUGAGGAAGUGGCUCACCGUCCCAGCACCCCUCCUCCCCCCUACAGCGCCAUCCUGGCCCAGCUGGGUGGGCCGCAUAGCCGCCUGGGCUCCAGUCCCCUGACCCUGUCUCCUAGCUCGGAGAAUUUCACCAGCUGCUCUUGCGAGUCGAGCUGCCUCACCUCCCCCAGCAGCACCUCACUGUCGGUGCAGAUCACAGAUGAGACGGAGCGCAGCCAGGUCAGCACGCCCAGCGAGGAAGGCGGCAGCAGCAGCACGGGCACUGGCGCCAGCUGGGAGCUGCCCGAGGAGCCAGCCCCCUGCGAGACCCCACCCAAGCAGACCCUCUUCUCCUCCAACGUGGAUUUCUUCGAGGCCGACUACCACCGCUGCUCAGACAUCGAGGAGGAAGAGGAGGGCACGGGGGAGGAGGAGGGUGCGGCCCAGGGUGACAGCAGUGAGCACUUCCGGCACCGGCGCCUGACGGGCGAUUCGGGCAUUGAGGUGGGGCGCUGCCAGGAGGAGGAGGGUGGGGAGGACAGUGAGGAGGAGACACACCUGCUCAGCAAGGCGGGGCCUGAGUCCCCCCAGCUCUCGGAGCACAAGAGCCUCUGUGGGCUCCAGAGCGAUGGGGGCAGUGAGGAGCCCGGCUCGCCUGUCCUGCCUGUCUGAGCCAAGCUGGGUGCUGCCCCAGACAGCAGCUCCCCACUUCCUGCCCUGUGACCCCAGCUCCCUUCCUCUGCCCAGCACCUCCAGGGCUCUGGAGCAGCCCUUCCCGUCAGCCCCCACCUCUGUGCUGCUGGCCAAGGGGCAGAGGUCCCUGUCCCAUGCCUCACCCUGGCAGGCUGCCUGGGAAUCCUGCCCGGUGGGGUGGGGUGUGUAGAACUGCGUGGGGCUGAGAGGCAGCACCCUGGCCUCUUCCUGCCCCACAUGCUGGGCAGCUGCCUCUCAGCCCUUCCCUCCUGAGUGCUUGUGCCUGGGAGCAUUGGGGCUCUGUGCUGCCCAGCGCGGGCUUUCCCCUCUGGCAGGCAGGACAGCAGGCAGCUCCUGGCUGCAGCAGUGGGGAGGGCGGGGGGGGCUCCCACCCAAACCCCUCCUGGCCCAGGGCCCUGCCUCCAGCUCUGCUUCUGCCCUGUGUGCUGGGUCGGGGACAGUUUGCACCGGCGCCACAUGGCUGACUGACCCCUCCCUGGGGUAUGGACUCUUGGCAUGGAGCCCCCAGGGAGAGCGUGCCUGAGGGGGGCUGUCCCCCCAGACUGACUCUGUAGACGAUGUGUGUCCCUCACUCUGCGUGCUACUGUCGUUUGUUGGGUAUCAUGCAUAGCGCUGUCCGGCCCGGGGGCCAUGCCCCCGGCUGGGUCCUUCCCCUCCCCGUAGAGUUCCCACUGGGACUGGGUUUCGGUGGAAUUGCACGAAUCAGAUUAUUCCUGCCCAGUGCCCCCUCCCUCACCCAAGGGGCUUCUCUGGGAGAGUGGGGGGUGGCUGGCCUGGGGCAGCUAGCAGGCCUUCCCUGUGGCACCCCAGUGCUUGAAGUGGGUGGGGGCUGCCUUGGUGAGAGAUGUGGCCUCUGCUCCCAGCGUGCAGGACAGUUCUCGUUAUUAAAGAGAUGUGGAAUUACA